CAGAAAAUUAGCUACCUCAGCAUUACCAAGAAGGAGAUCCGCCGUCAACCAGCUCGGAAACUUAGCUACCUCGGCUUUUUAGUUCCGUUCUCCAAUCGGCAUUAUUAUGAGAGUUAUUUUGUAACUGCAGUUGCAAUUAAUACAAAAAUCUCUAUUUUCCAUUAGAAGUUGAAUUUUUCAAUUAAUACAAAAAUACCCCCUAUUUUCAUCAAAUGAUGGUUACCAAAUAAAUGAUGGCAUAGUGUUCCAAGGGUUGUCAGAGAAAAAGCACUAGGUUAAUUAAAAAGCUAGGAAAGUCCUAUGGACAGAAUCAGUUUGUUGCCCGAUGAGUGUCUGUUGCAGAUACUUUCAUCGCUUACCACAAAAGAUGUCUUGAAGACAAGUUUAUUGUCGAAGCGAUGGCGGAAUCUUUGGAAGUUGGUGCCUAAACUCGAGUACAUCUAUUAUGAUGAGGAUGUUAAUCUUGAUAAUGGGAGAUUAAUGCGGUUUGUGGACAGGUCUUUGCUAUUAAACGAGGCUCCAGUCUUAGAGAGGUUGUGUUUUAAGUUUUUAGGCCAAUGCGAUGACGUAGAUAUUGGAUUUUGGGUUCGAAUUGCGGUGGAACGAGGUUUAAGUGAUUUCGAGUAUUUAUCUCCCCUUUUUUAUAAUGAGCCUAAAAGUUUACCACAAAGCUUGUUUACCUGCGGAACACUUGUGGAACUUAAACUCACCAAUGUAUCACUUGAGGAUGUCAAAUUCCCGGUUAGUUUCCCAUUCCUCAAAACAUUGCACCUUAGUUGGGUGAUUUACUUAGACGAUGAGUCCCCUAAGAAGUUUUUAUCAAGCUGCCAAAUUCUUGAAGUCUUGGUCGUGGAUCGACAUUAUGCUGGAGACAAUGUAGGAAGCUUUUCUAUUACGGUGCCUUCACUACAAAAGUUAACAUAUUUUAAUGAAUAUUCUAGUGAAGGUUUGUUUGCGUUGAACGCUCCUUCUUUGAAGAGCUUAGAGAUUUCAGAUUCCGAUGACGAGUGUAUUAUUGAGAAAUUGCCUGAGAUCAUGGCUGCAAAUCUGGAGGUUACCUAUUGGAACACCGACGAUAUCCUCGGUUCCCUUACAUCAGUCAAACGCCUCUCUCUAUGUUUACCCUCAAAGUCGCAGUUUCCUACUGGCAAAAUAUUCCAUCAGCUCGUAAGCUUAGAGUUUUGUUGCACAUGUGAUACAAAAUGGGAUCUACUCAUAUCUCUUUUUAAACAUUCUCCAAAACUACGACCUCUCAAACUCAAUGAGAGACAUGGCUGCAGUGAUAGUAAAGAAGAGUUGUAUCAUUUGGAAGGUGAGCCAAUAUCUGUUCCUGAAAACUUGAUCAUGCUCAGACUCGAAACAUUGGAGUGGAGAAACUACAGAGGAUGGUAUUCAGAGAGAGAACUCGUGACGUUUAUCUUGGAACAGUCAAGGGGUUUAAGGAGAGCGAGUUUCACACCGGUAGCCACCAAUUUGGAGAAGAAAUCUCGGAUGCUGAAAGAGUUGGCAGAUUUGUUUAGUGAUUCAACAUGUCAGUUUCUCUUUGGCUGA